AUGGUGCACCGCCUCGCCUUCUGGAGCCUCUUCGGCCUGGGCGUGCGCUUCUGGCAGGUCGGCAUUGAGAUGCGGCCCUUCUUCAACAAGUCCUCCCUGUGGGCGUACCCCGUGUACGCGGCCGGCGGCGCCAGCUUCGGCUACUGGCUGCAGGGCGUUGACGACCGACAGACGGCGACCCUGACGGAGCGCAAGGCGUUCCUGAUCGAGAAGCGGGCACGCAAGGCCCAGCGGGAUGCGGAGGCGGCGGCGGCCGAGUAA